CUAUGGCAGCGGGGACGCUCAGUCGGGGCCUGAGCCCAGUCUGGACGCCAAUGCUCCUCCCGUCCUUUGCAUGGCACCCAAGAAAGAGAAAGGCGGGACUGCGAACAACAGUUCAAAGAUAUGGGAACCCUCGCUCAUCGGUGCACACUUCAAUCAGAAUGAUUGGAAGGGCUCCGUCGCUUUUGUAGUUGGAAACCGGACUGAAGAUGAUCUUCUCAUCAGAGCCCUCACCCUUGCUGUCCAGGUCCCUCAGCGGAAAUUCUUCAGUAUCGUGUCCUGGCAAGACAUUCUCCAGCAGAUCAAUGAAUCAAAUGCAUUUCUUGAAACUCCAUCUAAAAAGGCAAAGAAACCUGUAGGCAGUAGUGCUCCCUUAUAUUAUGAGGUGUUAAUAGCAGCAAAGGCAAUUAUGGACAGCGGAGAGAAAUUAACUCUACCACUGAUAGGGAAACUCUUGAAAUUUCAGCUUCUCCAGAUUAAAAUGAAGGACCAGCAGCGACGGGAAAAUGAAAAGAAGGUAAUAGAAGAUAGAUUCAAGGUAGAAAAGGAUAAAGGGAAAGCAAAAUCUCCCAAGGAGAAGAAGACCUCAAGUGCCAAGGUUGCCAAAGGAAAGGGAAAGGAUCAGCCUGAGGCAAACACAACAGUGAAAAAAACCACGCUAUUAAAACGGAGGGGAGAAGACGAUGACACCAAACGUUACAUCGACGAUGAGCCAGAUGAUGGUGCCCAGCAUUACAUUUUAGUUGUGGGCUUCAACAAUCCUCAGCUAUUAGCGAUUAUGACUGAGCUUGGCAUUCCCAUAAGCAGCGUGAUUAAAAUAUCUUCAGAGAAUUAUGAACCUCUGCAGACACACCUGGCAGCAGUUAGCCUGCAGCAGGAAGCUCUUCUUCAGCCAGAAGACACAGAGGUGGAGAAAGCGAAGAAAGAGAAUGCCAUAAGAGAACUUGAAAUUUUCUGGAAGUACCUGGAACCAAUUCUGAAUAAUGAGAAACCUGAAACAAAUCUCUUUGAUGUUGCUCGACUUGAAUACAUGGUCAAGGCAAAUAACUACCCUUCUGACUGGGCGGACGGCGAAAUGAUGCUGGAAUUGGGUACCGAUAUUUUUGAAAAUAUUGCCUGUUUGAUGUAUGACACCCUGGAUUGGAAGAGGCAGCACCAACACUAUCUGGAAAGCAUGCACCUUAUCAAUAUCCCACAAGUGGUUAAUGAGAAACCUAUCUUGGAAGCCCUGUCAAUUACUGAGGCACCACAACCUGUUGCUCCAACCCCUGGCAAGAAGAAAGCACAGAAUGAGGAACCACAAGCGCCCCCAUCAGUGGCUUUUGUCGGCACAACUGAAGUAGACAUGAGAUAUUAUAAUGACUUGCUGAAUCCGAUUCCAGAAGAAUUCAUCUCUGUGCCCCUGAUAGUGCAUUGUAUGCUGGAACAGGUUGUGGCAACUGAAGAAGACCUCGUCCCGCCCAGCCUGGUGCAGCCGCCUCCUAGAGCAGAUGGGCUGGACCACAGAAUUGCAGCUCACAUUGUGUCCAUCCUGCCCUCUCUCUGUCUCACAGAGAAGGAGAAAAAGAAUCUCCAUGAAAUAUUCUUAUCUGAAGAAGAAAAUGAAAGCAAAGCAGUGCCCAAAGGCCCUCUCCUAUUGGACUAUCAUGAUGCACAUGCUUACAAGAAGUAUGCUCUAAAGGACCAAAAGAAUUUUGACCCAGUUCAAAUUGAGCAGGAGAUGCAGUCCAAGUUGCCACUGUGGGAAUUCCUUAAAUUCCCUCUGCCCCCGCCAUGGAACAGCACUAAACGUCUAGCUACAAUUCAUGAGCUCAUGCACUUCUGUACAAAUGAAGUCUUGAGCUGGAAUGAAGUAGAACGAGCCUUUAAAGUGUUUACUUUUGAGAGCCUGAAACUCUCUGAGGUUAAUGAAGAAGGAAAGCUAAUGCCUUCUGAGAUGAUGUAUGGGACAGAUUCUGAGAUGUUCAACAUACCAUGGGACAACCCUGCCAGAUUUGCUAAACAGAUAAGGCAGCAAUACAUCAUGAAAAUGAAUGUCCAAGAGGCCAAACCCCAAACAGAUACUGAAACCAAAGACAGAAUUCUAUUUGUGGAUCAGAAUUGGUCAACAUCUGUGCAAGAGGAUGAGAUCUCUAAAGAACCUUCAGAUGCUCGUCAGUCUGAUUCUAAUAAUAUGAAGCAUUCUGACCCGAACAGUAAGGAACCCUUAGACCCUGAUAAUAUACAGCUGUCAGAGCACGAGACUAGUUUGAAGACUCAGAUCCAGUCUGGGCCUUCAGAACAGACCACGAACAAUGAGAUCAAAGAUGAAGGAGUCACAAAGGCUGAGCCUCUUGAAAAGAAACCCAAGAAGAUGACUGUGGAAGCCAAGUUAGAGGACAUAAAGAAAACGCAACAACGCAGUCUAAUGGACUGGAGUUUCACUGAACAUUUUAAACCGAAAGUUCUGCUUCAGGUUCUUCAAGAAGCCAGCCAGCAAUACAGGUGGAUUGAUUCUUAUUACCAUACCCAGGACAACUCUCUACUUUUAGUCUUUCAUAAUCCAAUGAAUAUACAACAUAUGCAUUGUGAACAUUGGAAUAUUGCUCUUCACUCCAAUGUUGGAUUCAGGAAUUAUUUGGAACUUGUGGCAAAAUCCAUUCAAGAUUGGAUCGUAAAAGAAGAAGCCAUAUAUCAGGAAUCUAAAAUGGCUGAGGAAAUCGCUAGGACGAAGGCUGAGCUGGAAUUGAAAUCUGCUGGUGCCAAAAUCACUUCUCCUGGCAAAAUUAAUGCUGUUAAAAAAUCUAAAAGUAACAAAGGAAUGAGCAAAACAGAGAUAGUGGAUCAAGAAAAAGAAAAAGAGAAGGAAAUCAAGAUUCCUUUCAUUUUAGAAGGCUCUCUCAAGGCAUGGAAAGAAGAACAAGAUCGAUUAGCAGAAGAGGAGCGCUUAAAGGAAGAAAAAAAAGCAGAAAAGAAGAGUAAGGAAACUGGUAAAAAGAAAGACAAGGAAAAGGUAGAGAAAGAAGAGAGUAAGCUUUUGAAGAAAAAAUCUGUUUUGAAGGAGAAAACUAAAGAAGAACAAAUGAGGAUUCCAGAAAUAGCAGAGGAGUCCUUCCAGCAACCAGAACCUGAGAUCAUUUAUCCGUUUCGUGGAUAUAAUAUGGGAGAUAUACCCAUCCAAAUCUCAGGAACAAAUUCUUAUCUGUAUCCUUCGGAUGGAGGGCAGAUUGAAGUAGAGAAAACAACAUUUGAAAAAGGGCCAACUUUUAUCAAGGUGACAGUGAAAAAGGACAAGCACACUUUUAUAAUUCAUUUAAAAGACCCUAAGAAAAUUGUGAAAAAGGAAAAAAAAGAAGAGGAUUGUUCCUCAGAAGAUGAGAAAGAAAAAAGAGAGGAAGAGCAAAAUCUUGAAACAGAAAAAUCAGAUGCAGAUAAUAAAGCUGUCAGCAAGUUUGGAUCUUUUUCUGCCACCUUAGAAAAUGGGAUCUGCCUCUCAAUAAGUUACUAUGGACCAAGUGGAAUGGCCCCAGAGGAUAAGGAUCCUAAUUUGGAAACAAUGUUGAGUAUCCCAUCAGCACUUACUACAACAGUAGUUCCUCUUAUAGUGACUGUUCCUCAAGGCAAAGUGAAAGGAAAAACAAAAGGCAAAGAAAAACCCAAAGAAUCUCUUAAAGAAGAGGAACACCCAAAAGAGGAAGAGAAAAAGGAAGAAGUAGAACCAGAACUUGUUUCACAAGAGACUCUUUAUGUUCCUACUUUCCAAAACUUAAAUGUGUCUUGCCCCAAUGGACUCCUGGUGACCUUCACUGGGCAAGAGUCUACAGAUCAGAAUUUUACGGAUGCGGAACCCACUUGGGACAUUAUGGUUCGGCAGAGCUACCUCCAGAAGGUGAAGCACUAUGAAUUCUACAAAACGGUGAUGCCACCAGUGGAUCAGGAGGCAUCAAGAGUUAUCACCAGGCAAGGCACAGUUGUGAAAUACAUGUUGGAUGGAUCCACACAGGUUCUCUUUGCAGAUGGUGCUGUGAGCAGUAGUCCUGAUUCAGGUCCUGUUUUUCCUCCUGUUGAAAUGCCACCAAGCCCUCACAGCGGAGACUUGAUGGACACAGUUUUUCAGCAAAAGUCAGAAACAGCACCAUCUGAGAUUGUCAUUCCAAAGAAAGGAAAAAGUCACAAAAAUCAGUCAUCAAUUGCACAUAAGAAUGAAAGCCAUGAACCUCACCCAGAGACAGUUCAAAGAGUAACUCCUGUGGAGGUUCAUGUAGGCACCUGGUUUACAACCACACCUGAAGGAAAUCGGAUUGGCACCAAAGGAUUAGAAAGAAUAACAGACAUGACCCCAUUAUUAUCCUUUAAGGCCACAGAUCCUGUCAACGGAACGGUCAUGACAACUCGAGAAGACAGAGUGGUCAUUGUGGAAAGAAAAGAUGGUACUCGGAUAGUGGAUCAUGCUGAUGGUACCAGAAUCACAACCUUUUAUCAAGUUUAUGAAGAUCAUAUUACUCCUCCAGAUGAUCACAAAAUAACUGAAAGUCCUCAAACUGUCACCAGGCAGGUGAAGUGCAUGCGGAUAGAAAACUCACACUACGCCACUAUCAUCACCAACUGCGAGGACAGUAGCUGCUGUGCCACCUUUGGGGAUGGGACGUCUAUUAUUGCAAAGCCACAGGGAACAUACCAGGUGUUACCUCCAAACAUAGGCUGCCUCCACAUUGAUAGGGAUUGCUCAGCUAUAUAUUGCCAUGAAUUAAGCAGUGAUAUAUACCACCCUUUCCAAAAACGUGAGCAGCUAAGAGCUAGCAGGUACAUCAUGAAGCACACAUCAGAGGUUAUCUGUGAGGUCCUGGAUCCUGAGGGAAAUACCUUUCAGGUUAUGGCUGAUGGUAGCAUAUCAACUGUGGUACCUGAAAACAAUUUGGAAGAGGAUCUAAGUGAAAAAGCUGAAGGCUAUGAUAAUUUAUCAUCUACUCACCUUUAUAAGAAUCAUCUGCAAAUCUAUGGUGAACACGUGCCCAGGUUUUUUGUCGUUUAUGCUGAUGGAUCAGGAGUGGAACUUCUUCGUGACAGUGACAUAGAAGAAUACCUAUCCUUGGCAUAUGGAGAAUCCUCUACUGUUGUUCUCCAGGACCCAGUACAGGAACAACCAGGCACCCUGAGCAUCACUGUCCUUCGCCCUUUUCAUGAAGCAUCACCAUGGCUAAUGAAGAAAGAAUUAGAUACAAUUGUUCCUCCUAAUCUCCAGUCAAGGUCAUGGGAGACAUUUCCCUCUACUGAGAAAAAAACUCCCGGACCUCCAUUUGGCACUCAGAUUUGGAAGGGCCUUGACAUUGGGCCCAAACAGCUAGUAAGUGCCCCAACCCCUUUACUCAAGAGCCCCAAAGUGCUACAGAUGCGCCAGUUCAUCCAGCACGAGGUCAUAAAGGAUGAGGUGAAAUUGAAGUUGCAGAUUUCCCUUAAGGAUUAUAUAAACCAUAUUCUAAAGAAAGAAGACAAGCUACAGGAAAUGACUGUUAAAGAUUCCAGAACUGAGGAGGAGAGGGGCAACGCUGCAGACCUCCUCAAGCUAGUUAUGUCAUUCCCUAAAAUGGAAAAAACUACAAAAAGUCAUGUAACUGAAGUUGCAGCCCACCUAACCGAUUUAUUCAAGCAAUCUUUGCCUACUGCUCCGAAACAUCUGCCAGAAACACUGGAUUCAGGUUUCUUUGAAAAGAAAUGGAGGUACACAACACAAGCAAAGCACUGGAAAGAAAAGUUGGCACAAAAGAGGAAGGAAAUUGAAAACACACAAAACUACCUAACGGAAAUUAGAAACAAAGUAGUAUCACCCUACUUCAAGUCUGAAUUGAGCAAGUUCUGUCAGUCUCAGUUUAAUUAUCUGGACACCCUUUCUAAAAACUUGCCUCCUUUUACAAAGAGAGAGGAAGAUACAAACAAAGCAACUCCUCAGAAUACAUCCGAUCUUCAUCCAGAUGGCCAGCCAGAUUCAGAAGACAAAUCCCCACAAUCCCCACUGGGUCUUCCAAAACUGAAGAAUUCUGUGAAUAUCAAGGAGAAUGCUGGCCAGAACCAAACUGAAAAUUUAGAAAAACCUACUGAAGACCCAGAAUCCUGUGCGCCCGUGAAAAUUCCAACCCAGUCACUGCUGCAGGAUGUCUCAGGACAAGCAAGGAAAGAGAAAGUGAGGUUGCCGCACUACUUGCUGAGUUCCAAGCCCAAGUCUCAACCUCUCACCAAGGUGCGAGAUUCGGUUGGAGGAAGAGUGAAAACAUCCUCUGUUGCAUCCGCUGCCAUUAACAAUGUGAAUUCAUCCCCUUUUGGAUUCCACCUUCUCCCACCAUCGGUGAAGUUUGGAGUGCUUAAAGAGGGACACAUCUAUGCCACCACCGUAAAGCUCAAGAACGUGGGAGUGGACUUCUGCAGGUUUAGGGUGAAGCAGCCCCCACCCAGCACAGGACUGAAAGUGACUUACAAACCCGGGCCUGUGGCAGCUGGUUUGCAGACUGAACUGAAGGUGGAGUUAUUUGCCAUGGCCGUUGGAGGGGAUGGUGCCAAGGGAUCAACACACAUCUCACACAAUAUUGAGAUUAUGACUGAGCAUGACGUCCUGUUCUUACCUGUGGAAGCAACAGUUUUAACAAGUAGCAAUUAUGAUAACAGACCAAAAGAUUUUCCUCAGGGAAAAGAAAAUCCCACGGUCCACAGGACUUCUACGAUUUCUUCCUCUACACUUGGAAUCUUCAUGUCCCGUAAAAUUUCUCAACAUUAGGUCUAUCUCCUCUCGGUAUAGCUCGACAGCCUCCAUGAUCCUCUCAGCCUACGUGGAUGGUGACAAAGGAGAGAAGUCAUCACCAUGUGUCCCAGCAUCCCGGAACCCUGCAACUGGAAGGCCUGACUAGAAAAGUACCAACUAGCUUGAAUCGGUUUAAUAAAUGUGUGCCAGGAGAGUGCCGACCAGCA